AUGAUUUCGUUGCUCUUUGCUCUUUCUACAGUAGUGUCGGCGGUGGACUGGGAUGCGCCGACGCCAUACGACCCAGUAUGGCUAGCUAGCGUGCAAAUGUACCCGCCGGCCGCAGCGAUCAACGAGACCAGGUUUUGGUCGUGGGCUUGGGUUUACGACUCAGAUGUGGAGUUCAGGCUUUUUACCAGACGGAAUCCGUUUAAAUAUCAAGUUUUAAAGACAAACGAUUCCGCUGCUCUGAGAAAUUCAAACUUCGAUUUUAGCAAAAAAGUAAAGGUGCUCGCUCACGGUUGGCUCAACCAUGGAGACGGUCCGAUGCCAGAAUCUAUCAAGGAAGCAUAUCUUAACGUGAGCGAUUUAAAUAUAUUAGUGGUGGAUUGGGGCACCGCGGCGAAUGUUAAUUACGUUCUCGCAAGUUACAACGUGGCUUCAGUGGGCCGCCUCCUCACCGAGUUCCUUAAUUUCCUCAUAUCAGAGGGCGUCUCCAUGGAUGACGUCCAUCUUAUAGGUCACAGCCUUGGUGCGCAUGUAGUGGGGAUAGCAGGCGCUUAUAUCAAACAAGGACCCAUCGAUACUAUCACAGGGUUGGAUCCAGCGUUACCGUUAUUCACUAUUGGCAACAAAGAUGCAAGACUGGACAAGCAUGAUGCUCGACAUGUCGAGGUCAUACACACUUGCGGAGGAUACCUUGGAUUCAAUUCACCUUUGGGUCAUAUUGACUUCUAUCCAAACGGCGGCACUAGACAACCGGGCUGCGGAUUUGACUAUAGAGGUCUAUGUGCCCACAACCGAGCCCACAUGUUUUUUGCGGAGUCUAUCAUUUCCAAUGUGGCGUUCACUGCAGUAAGAUGUGAGAGCUACGACGAGCUGUACUAUACAGGUUCCUGCAAAGGGACUGGCGAAAAACUAAUUAUGGGCGGCUUUGACAUACAUUAUGGGAAGGAUGGUAUUUACUACUUAAAAACAAACGCCGAGAAACCCUACGCCCUGGGGGACCCAGACGACGGUGACCCAACAUGA